AUGUACGUCAUAAAGCGAGAUGGCAACCCCGAGCGGGUUUCAUUUGAUAAGAUCACACGAAGGCUUCAGGUCUUGUGCCAGCUGGAGCCGGCUCUUGCCAGCGACGUCGAUCCGGUCCUGGUGACCCAGAAGGUCGUUCAGGGCGUCUACAACGGCGUACACACGGCCCAGCUGGACCACCUCGCCGCCGAGACCGCCGCCUACAUGGGCUCGCUCAACCCCGGCUACAACGUCCUCGCGGCCCGCAUCGCCAUCUCGAAUCUUCAGAAGGAUACUUCGGAAUCUCUCCUCGAGACGGCCCGCACACUUCACACCUACGUCAACAGUAAGACCGGCCUCAAUUCGGCUCUCAUCGCUGACGAUGUCUUCGAGGUGAUCGCCAACAACACCGAAGCCCUCGAGGCCGCGAUCAAGUACGAGCGCGACUUCAACUACACCUACUUUGGCUUCAAGACCCUCGAGCGCUCGUACCUCUUCAGGGUCGACGGCAAGAUCGUAGAGCGACCCCAGCACAUGCUCAUGCGCGUGGCCGUCGGCCUGCACAAGGACAACAUCCCCGCCGUGAUCGAGACCUACGACCUCUUGUCACAGCAGCUCUUCACCCACGCCACCCCGACGCUCUUCAACGCCGGCACCCCGCGCCCGCAGCUGUCGUCGUGCUUCCUCCUCACCAUGAAGGAGGACUCGAUCGAGGGCAUCUACGACACCCUCAAGCAGUGUGCCCUCAUCUCCAAGUCGGCCGGCGGCAUCGGCCUCGCCGCGCACCGCAUCCGCGCCUCCAACUCGUACAUCCGCGGCACCAACGGCACCUCCAACGGUCUCAUCCCCAUGCUCCGCGUCUACAACGACACUGCCCGCUACGUCGACCAAGGAGGUGGUAAGCGCAAGGGUGCUUUCGCCAUCUACCUCGAGCCCUGGCACGCGGACAUCUUUGACUUCCUCGACCUGAAGAAGAACCACGGCAAGGAGGAGAACCGCGCCCGCGAUCUCUUCUACGGCCUGUGGAUUCCCGACCUCUUCAUGAAGCGCGUGGAGACGGGCGGCGACUGGUCGCUCUUUUGCCCCAACGAGGCCCCCGGCCUGUUUGACUCGUGGGGCAAGGAGUUCGAGGAGAAGUACGAGCGCUACGAGCAGGAGGGCCGCGCGCGCCGCGUGGUCAAGGCCCAGGAACUGUGGUUCGCUAUCCUUGAGUCGCAGAUCGAGACCGGCACGCCCUACAUGCUGUACAAGGACGCCUGCAACGGCAAGUCCAACCAGCAGCACCUCGGCACCAUCCAGUCGUCGAACCUGUGCACGGAGGUCGUCCAGUACACGUCGCCCGACGAGGUGGCCGUGUGCAACCUGGCCUCGCUCGCGCUGCCCAAGUUCAUCACCAACGGCGAGUUCGACCACAAGAAGCUGCACGACGUCGUGAAGGUGGUCACCAAGAACCUCAACAAGGUGAUCGACAUCAACUACUACCCCGUGCCCGAGGCCCGCAACUCGAACAUGCGCCACAGGCCCAUCGGCAUCGGAGUGCAGGGCCUGGCCGACGUCUUCAUGAUCAUGCGCCACCCGUGGGAGAGCGACGAGGCCCGCGAGCUCAACCGCGCCAUCUUCGAGACCAUCUACUACGCCGCCCUGGUCGCCUCGAACGAGCUCGCGCAGGUUGAGGGCACCUACCAGACCUACGAGGGCUCGCCCGCGUCCAAGGGCAAGCUCCAGCCCGACCUCUGGGGCGUCGUGCCGUCGGACAGGUGGGACUGGGCCACGCUCCGCGCCAACAUCGCCCAGCACGGUCUGCGCAACUCGCUCCUCGUGGCGCCCAUGCCCACGGCCUCGACCUCGCAGAUCCUGGGCAACAACGAGUGCUUUGAGCCCUACACGACCAACAUCUACACCCGCCGCAUCCUCGCCGGCGACUUCACCGUCGUCAACGAGCACCUUCUGCGCGAGCUGCAGCAGCGCGGCCUCUGGUCGCCUGCGCUCAAGAACAAGCUCGUCUCGCACAACGGCUCGGUACAGCGCAUCGAGGAGAUCCCCGACGACAUCAAGAAGCUGUACAAGACCGUGUGGGAGCUCCCGCAGCGCGUCAUCAUCGACAUGGCCGCCGAUCGCUCGGCCUACAUCGACCAGAGCCAGUCGCUCAACGUCUACAUGGGCGAGCCCUCGUUCGCUAAGCUCACCUCGAUGCACUUCUACGCCUGGCGCAAGGGCCUCAAGACCGGCAUGUACUACCUUCGCACCCGGCCCGCCGCCAACGCGAUCCAGUUCACCGUCGAUCAGGAGGCGGCCGCCACCGUGCCCGCGCCCAACAAGGCUGCCGCGCCGUCGCCCGUCAAGCAGUCGCCGCUGCGGUCGCCCGCCAAGCAGUCGUCGUCGGUCGAUGUGGAGGUGAUGAUGCGGAAGCCUCUGGCGAUGCCCCAGUCGCCCGCGCAGGUCACUGCUGAGUACGACGGCGAGGUCUGCUACCCCGGCUGCGAGAGCUGCAGCGGUUAG